AUGGUUCAUGAACCUCGCCAUGCUGCCUUUGUGGCGGGCAUCGACAAACGUACGACGGACGUGGCCGACGACUUGAAGGAGACGAAGGCUUCUUCGUUGAAGCCUCCUGGGCGCACGAUAAAGCGCCGAGGGCAAUUGUACGAAGAUAUUCUGGUCAUCUUCCGUCGAUGGGUCAUGAAGCACGCUAGCGAUGGGGGGAGUGUUCCGCGACAUUCGCGCAAGUUCGACGUGUGCCUUUAG